GGGUCUCUAGAGGUUCUGUUCUGCCCACCUGAGGCCAGCUCUGACUCGUAUCUUCUCAUGUCCACCUGUGGUCCAAAGGUACACAUACUCAGUCAACAAUGGACCCCAACUAACAUCACUGACUGGGUCAAGCUUCACUCUGACUGACAAUGUUCUGGAGGAUGGAGAGAACACUGUGGUGGUCCAGGCCACCGGUCUCAGUGGAGGGAC